GAAUCCUCUGGGAGGAUUCAUACUCUCACUUUCCCCCUCUUCUCCAAAGUUGAGUCCUUGUCUUGAUCCCAACAUUUCCCAGCUCAGAAAUUGCUUCCUGUGGCAUGGUCUGCCAAGUGUGGAGGAUUGUGGGACACCACUUGUCCUCUGGGCAACCCUUAAUUUUUGCAGUCUAGUACCAGACUGAGCACUCUCAAUGAAAAAUGUUGAAUAAAACUGUGGGUUGUGGUUUGGACCAAAGAAGAAAGCCAGUCUGCGCCUUUCUCAUCUUAUGUACCUCGGACUCCUGGGCAGAAUCAAAUUCUCAGGCACAACCCCUGUGCUCCGGAGAGCAGGACCACAGGGCUUUGGGCUGUUAGGUGGCUACUUUCAGCUCUAAAAAUUGCUCAGCUCUAUGAGUAACUUUCCUACUCCCAAACACUUAAUUCCUCUUUUAGCACCAGGACUCCUAAAGUCCUGGACUCAGAGUUGGAGCCUAGCUGCCAGGACUAUUGCUGCCCAAGCUAACAUCACAGUGCUGCUUCCAUUAUCUGGUGGGUGGGUUAUCUGUAGACUUAUAACCCCACCAACUUGGAUUAGAAGCCCAAUCUGAGGAUUCAUGCCAUAGGAGAUUGACCCCGUGAGUCAGGACGAGACAAGAGCUGUCCUGCCAUAGUAAAUAAAAUACACUAUACCUUAUCAGCCUUUUUUAAGGCUGGCUGUUUAACAACUGACAUCCAGGGCCAGAAAGAGAAGCUAUCAGACUUCUUGUUUCCCAUUGGCACUUUGUCACCAUCAUUAAGAAUCCCUCCAACUUGUAUGAACAGGCAGUGGAGGAAAUCAGUUAUCAAUAGUCAUGAAAAAAUGGUCUAAAUCAUUCUUGUUUAAAGAAAUAUGUAUUAAGGGAACUGAGUUAUCACUACCCAGCAGAUGUGACAAAGGAAAAUGACAAAUGCGGGAGGGGAUGUGGAAAAAAAGGACACUAAAUGUACUAUUGAAUUUAAUUGGAACUGAUCUAUUCUGGAGAAUAACUUGAAACUGCCUAAAAUGCUACAAAACUACAUUUUACACAGUGAUUUCACUUAUUAGGUCUGUAUCCCAAAGACAUCAAAAGAAAACGGACCCAACUGCAAAAAUAUAACAGCUCUUUGUGGCAAAAAUUCAGAAGCUUGGGGGAAUGCCCAUCAAUUGUGGAAUGACUAGCAAAUUGUGAGAUAUUACUGUGAUGGAGUACUAUUGUACUGUACGAAAUGGAAAGACUAAAAAUGAUGUAAAGUGAAAUGAGCAAAACGAGAAUACUGUUCACAGUAACAGCAAGAUUGUAACAGUGGUGAACUAUAAAAGAGAAUGCAAUGAUCCAAGAUAAUUCCAAGAGACUCAUGACAAAUGUACUGGUUUUUUUUUUUUUAAUUGGGGUUUUUUGUUUGGGUUUGGGUCUGGGUUUUAUUUUUGUUUUUUAGUAACAUGCUAAGAUGGAAAUAUGUUUGCAUGACAUGUCUUGCAGUAGUAUGGACCUUCAGGUCACUCUCCCUCAAGAUCAGUGACCAGCUCACUGACCCCCUUCAAAUACUCAGGCUCCCCAAUUCUUGUACCACUUAGAUGCCUCAGGCAUCAGUUUGCCUCACCCUCACAAACACUUGGUCCCGUUAGCCUCCUCCCUCAGCAUCAGAAAUACUAUCCCAGGUAACUUCACCGUAUUUGGUUCCCAGUAUGUUUUGCCAAGUGGAGAAGCAGCUGAGAGGGCCGCCGGAGGAGAAAGUCGGCCUUGGGUGGGGCUGGGCUUGAGAACAAAGAGACAGCUCCCUUCCCCUUUCUGGGUGUGGCCGGGUAUCACCUUUGUGGAAUGUCAACUUUCGGGCUGGGCCGCCUGCAAAUCUCCCAGGCACGUUCCCCACGUGCACUUCCAGCCUUACCCCACCGAGAGAGGUGGUGGUACCCUGAGCAAUUCUGCCCAGCCCCGUGUUACAGCCUGGUCUCCCCCAUCAGGGGGGCAGCGAGGAGCCAGCCGACAUGGCCACACCCCACUCUCAGCCUUUACGGAGGCUGCCUCUCAUGCGCCAGGCCGUCAAGAUGAAACGCCAGAAGGCCAAGGGUCUUCUGCUGGAAACCCCUCCUCAAACUGACCAAGAGAUGGAUCCCCCAUCUCAUCACUUCUCCCCAGAGGAGAAGGCCCUGCUCUAUGAGGAAGCUCUCUAUACGGUCCUGCACCGGAUAGGCCAACCUGAGCCUAAACAUGUAGCAGAAGCCGCCGAGCUGCUGAGCUAUCUACAGGAGGCCUUUCACAUGACGCCCGAGGUACAUCAACAGCUGUUCCGAAAAGUUCAGGAUCUUGAGAAACCUUUGUUUUGUCUGAAAGUGACAGUAAAGCAGGCCAAAGGCAUUCUUGGAAAGGAUGUCAGUGGGUACAGUGAUCCCUACUGUCUGCUGGGCAUUAUUGAGCAUGGGAUGACCAUGGCAGAAAAUGGCCCAGGGCCAAAUCGGCGACGGCAGAAGGCCGUAGUGAAGAACACAAUCCCUGAAGACCAGACCCACAGGACUCAGGUCAUCAGUCAGACGCUCAGUCCUGAGUGGGAUGAGACUUUUUUCCUGGAAUUUGAAGAUAUAACCACUGCCAGUUUCCAUUUGGAUAUGUGGGAUGCAGACCAGGUGGAGUCUGUGAGGCAGAAACUGGGGGAGCUGACAGAUUUGCAUGGUCUCCGGAGGAUCUUCAAGGAAGCGCGGAAGGACAAGGGACAGGAUGACUUCCUGGGGAAUGUGGUCCUGAGGCUGCAGGACCUGCACUGCCGGGAAGAUCAGUGGUACCCCCUGGAGCCCCGCACAGAGACCUAUCCAGACCGAGGGCAGUGCCACCUGCAAUUUCUGCUCAUUCACAAGCGGAGAGCCACCACUGCCAGCCGUACCCACCCCAGCUACACUGUGCACCGCCACCUACUCCAGCAGUUGGUCUCUCAUGAGGUCACGCAGCACCAGGCUGGUAGCACUUCUUGGGAUGGAGAACUGAGUCCCCAGGCAUCCACCAUCCUCUUCCUCCACGCCACACAGAAAGACCUGUCUGAGUUCCACCAGUCUAUGGCGCAGUGGCUGGCUUAUAGCCGACUCUACCAGAGCCUGGAGUUCCCAGGGAGCUGCCUGCUGCACCCCAUCACGGCCAUCGAGUAUCAGUGGAUACAGGGAAGGCUGAAACCGGAGCAGCGGGAAGAACUGGCUGCCUCUUUCAACUCCCUCCUGACUUAUGGACUUUCCCUGAUCCGGAGGUUCCGAUCUAUAUUCCCUCUCUCAGCCUCUGGCUCCCCAGCUCGUUUGCAGUCUCUUCUCAGGGUCCUGAUACAAAUGUGUAAGAUGAAGGCAUUUGGGGAGCUCUGUCCUAAUGGGGCGCCCUUGUCUUCCUUGGUGACUGAGGUGCUGCGGACAGGCACCCUCGAAUGGUUCCAUCUGAAGCAGCAGCAUCAUCAGCCCAUGGUCCAGGACAUGCAAGAAAUGUGCAAGGCCAUAUUGAGCCUGGUCCUAGAUGUCAGUGGGGAUCUGCAUCAGUGUCAGAGAACCUGGAACAAAAUCUUCAACAAUACUCUGAAGAUUGAUCUUUUCUCCAUGGCUUUCUCGGAGCUGCAGAAGCUUGUGGCCCAGAGGGUAAAGGAACACAUGGAGAUGGUGGGCAGUGUCGUGAAUCCAGAGAUGGGCGAGAGCUUAUUCCAGCUCUACCUUAGCCUCAAGGAGCUCUAUCAGCUGGUCCCCCCUCCUUCUGAGAGGGAUGGAAUCCUGGAUCUGGAUGGCUUCCACAAAUGGUUCCUCCCCACCAUCCCUGCCUGGCUGCUGAAGACUUAUAGUGUGGCAUUGGCUCGGCUACAGCGGGCAGUGCAGAUGGAUCAGCUGGUCCCUCUGGGUGAGCCAAUCAAACACAGUACAUCUGCCGUGGAUCUGUCCACAUGCUUUGCCCAGAUUAGCCACACUGCUCGACAACUGGAUUGGCCUGACCCCGAAGUUGCCUUUAUGAUCACAGUCAAGUUUGUUGAGGAUACCUGUAAGCUGGCUCUGGUAUACUGCAGCCUAAUCAAAGCUCGAGCCAAGGAACUCUCUGUCCACCAGAAAGACCAGGGACAAGCAGCUAAUAUGCUAUGUGUGGUGGUGAAUAACAUGGAACAGCUCCGGCUGGUGGUACUGAAGCUCCCUACCCAGCUGGCAUGGAAGGACCUAGAACAGUGGGCAGGGGCCAUCUUGGAGCCAGAACAGCUGCAGCAUACACUCCACGCCCAGCUGAAGGGUGCCCUGACUGGCCUGGACCAUGAGAUUCGCAGUGGGGUUCGGACCCUAGCUGAGCAGUUGGAGGCUGGCAUUUCCAGACACAUCCAGAAAAUCGUGGGCACCAGUGAAAACACCGUGCCUGUAGAUGCCAUCUUACCUCUGAUGAAGUUCUUAGAGUCUGAGCUUCGUUACAUGAACAGGAACUUGGUGCAGGAAAACUUUAACAGUCUCCUGUCACUGCUCUGGACUCAUACCCUCAGCGUGCUCACCCAAACAGCUGCGGCCCAGCGGAAUUCAGUCCCUACCUCCCAAAAACUGAAAAUUGCUCUGCAGAACCUAGAGCUCUGUUUUUAUGCUGAGGGUUGCGGCCUGAGCCCUGAAGUCCUUCACACACCAUCUUUGCAGGAUCUUCAGAGGAAGCUAGAACUGCAGGCAUCUUCCACUCAGGAGCUCAUUCAGAGAUAUUUCAGCAACCGCAUCCAGCAACAGGCAGAUACCACAUCGGAGGAGUUUGGGGCCAUCACCAUCAAGGCCUCCUACCGACUCUCGGAACAGAAGCUCCGGAUCGAGGUGCUCAGCGCCUCCAACCUGCUACCCCUGGACUCCAAUGGCACCAGCGAUCCCUUUGUCCAGCUGACCCUGGAACCAAGACACGGGUUUGCAGAGGUGGCCCCUCGGGAGACGCAGAAGUUCAAAAAGGAGCUGCACCCCCUGUUUGAUGAAGCCUUUGAGUUCUUGGUGUCUCCGGAGUCAUGCCAGAAGGAAGGGAAUUGUCUCUUGCUCACGGUCCUGGACCACGAUAGGCUGGGGACUGAUGACCUGGAAGGAGAAGCUUUCCUCCCACUUAAUACCAUCUUCGGACUCUCUGGGGACAAUUCUGGCCAGGUGCCUCAGACACGUUUGCCUCUCACCUACCCUGCCUCUAAUGGGGACCCCAUUCUGCAGCUGCUGGACCUCAGAAAGGGUGAUCGGGAAGCUCAGGCUUUUGUUAAACUCCGGAGGCAGCGGGCCAAACAGGCUGAGCGUUUGGGGCGGUAAAAGUGGAUGGAGCCUGUCUGGGAGCCCAGGGGCUGAGCUAGUUCUGGGAUUUUUCCCUCAUCUCCUACCAGGACAGAUACUCUUAAUCCAGCUCCUCAGUUCCUGCGUGAUUAGGGGCUGACACUGACGCUAUAGGAGUUCAGAAUGGCACAAUCUAGAAGUCCAUCAUGGUAAUGACUAGGUGUGUGUGUAGUGCAACCCCAUCCCUGGGCAUCCUUAGGCCAUCAUGCCCCGGUCACAUCCUGGUUUUUUCCUCUGGGGUCCCCAAGAGGAAUGGCUAACAACUGUCCUCUGCUUGGAGACAUUCUUUAAAACCAGGGAAACAUUUUGGGGUAGAAAUGAGGAGGGGAAAGACCAGAAUCUGUACUAGAUCCUUAGCCUUUCUCACAGAAAAAAAAAUGUUCUGGUUAAACUUAAUUCCAACAGUCAUGGUCAGAGUCAGAGAAUGUCAGAGCUAGGAGGGUUCUCAGGGACCAUGUAAUCUAACCCCUUCACUUUACAGAAAAGGAAACUGAGGCUCAAAAAAGGGUAACAUGUCCACAGUAAAUGGCAGAGACAAGUCAGUGAUGUAACUCUGAGCUCAGUGUCCAAACCUCCUCCUACUUGCUUAGCUCCUAAAGUAUAGAACACUCAUUAGUCUCAUUGGACCUUUGUUCCCUUAUGCACAGAAGACUGGGAAGGAGGGACUGACAUUGAGGGGGAAGGAGAAUGCUGCUUUGGAUAUACAAUUGGGGCUAAUCCUGGGCAAGAGAAUAGGGAAGAGAUAACUGAGACCUGAACCCUGUCUCUGAGGCUCAGUGAGUAGACAGGGCUCUGUGAUGCGAUGAGGGGAUUAUUCCUGGUCUCCUGAAAGUUCCCAGACCCUAGGGCCUGAGUCAGAAGAGUAACAGGAACGCAGCUGCUGAUUGACAAAUCAAUUUAGAAGUCCAGAUUCCUCUUUCCCACAUUCAACAUUGGUUUUUUUAGCAAAACAAUAAAAAUAUAUCGUUCUCUUAGAAAA